CGUUGGAACACCACCGCGUCACUUACUUCUUCUCUCUCUCACUCUGUCUGUCACUCAGCCUCACCCUCUUUCUCUCGCACUCUCAUCACUAAUCGCUCCCUAGGUCUGGCCGUCAAACACACGCACGGCGCACCACCAUCCACCAGUCCACCGGCUCCUCUGCCUCUCUAUCUCUGCAGCUCUGCUUCUCCUUUCUCUUUGAGGGUUACUGGGUAAGGUAAGGUGUGUAUUUUUUCUCUAUUUUUUUCCCUAAUUCUUGUCCUUUCUCUUUCAGAAUCAGAGGGUUUCUGAAAAUCCAUGAUUGAUUGAUAAUUUGAUAUAUUUCACCCAUCUUCAACCUGAGGGGAUGAAAAACUAAUUGAGUUAAUGUAGCUUCUGGGGAUUGAGCGUUGGGUGUCGGGAUGGUGCGCGUGGGUACUCUUUCUGCGAUUGAACAUGGUCUGGUGGGCGUUUAUGGACUUUACAAGUUACAACGUUCAUGUUCUUCUUCUCUGUUUAAAGACAGAAACAAACAGAGCGAAAGCAGAAAAUGACGAACAACCACAUGAUUAUGUACAUCCCAGAGGAGCAGCCACAUGACCUUCACAAUCAACCGACAGAGAGUGUCUUUGCUUCGGCCAUCAACCCAAAGCAUGCGAACCAAAUUGUGAGGCGUUUGAAUCAAGUAGCACCCCUCGAAGAUCUCCGUCAUGUGAAACGAAUUCAGAAGAAGGUUCUGGAAGGAGGACAGGUACAGCUAUCAGUGAUCUUGUGCCUGGCCCCUGAGGGUGACGAUCAAUCGGAUAGUGUGCCGCCUCAUCUUCACGAGUUGAUCAGUUCCUAUCAGUUGAGUCCUUUUAUCACAAAAGUCUGCAAAUAUGCUGCAACAUCAAAAGAAGAGUGGCUAGAGCAAUGCAAAAUUUGGCCAACGUCUUAUCAUCCAAGGACUUACAACAUUGAUGGUAUUACUGGAUUUAGUGAGGAGGACUCGCAAUCAAUUUUGAAGUUUAUGCAAUCAGCUGUUGAGUUGGCAACAUCCGAUGGCUUGGUUGUCAAUGCUGCAGUGAUAGUGGACCCUUCAGCUAAGCAAAUUAUUUCAAGUGCACGUGAUCAGGUUUUUGCUUGGAACACUUGCAAAGAUGAUAGCUUCUCUAGAAAGCCAGAGUUAUUAAGUUCCCAUCCUAUUUCCAAUAGAUUUGAUCCUGACAAACCGUUGUAUUCAAAUAGUUCCUGCAAUCAGCUCAAACAACGGGAUACAGGUGUUGCUUGCUUAUAUCCUUGGCAAUGGACCGAGCAGCAAUCACAUUCACAGAGUUCACAUGAUUGGCAUCCUUUGCGACAUGCUGCAAUUGUAGCUAUAGAAUCAUCUGCUGCUAGGGAUAGAUGUCUUUUUCCUAGUGAGGGGAAUAGUGAAGAAAAGUAUCUGGAAAUGGAUCACGAGAAUCCUUCUUGCACAAGCUUUCCUGCAAAGAGACAGAAAACUGUUUGCGCAACUGUUGAGGAUAAUGAUAAAUUGAAUGGUCAUAAUGAAACUUCUACUCAGCUGUCAGCACGACCGUACCUAUGCACUGGUUAUGACAUAUAUCUUGCUUGGGAACCUUGCAUAAUGUGUGCCAUGGCCCUUGUCCAUCAGCGAAUUAGGAGGAUAUUUUAUAGGUUUCCAAACCCUAACGCUGGUGCUUUGGGAAGUGUUCAUAGAUUACAGGGAGAAAAGAGUUUAAAUCAUCAUUAUGCUGUUUUCAGGGUUAUGUUGCCUGAACAAACCCUCCAUAAAUGUAAUACAUAUGUUGCAGAAGCCGAGGAAGCCAGUAGUAUUUGUUAAGUAGCAGAUGUAGCUUAAAUUGCAAGAGAAGAUUGAAGGCUUUUAUCCUUGGGAGACUAUUUAAAAGUGAAUAUCAAAUGUUAUGGUUAUUAAUUAUUAGAACGGUUUUCUGAA